AGGCUUGAUCCUAAUUUAAGGACAUAAUGAGACGGUGCACAUGGAUUUGUAAAAAAAACCAACAACAAAAAAAACACGCAAGUGAUGCUACAAAACUUGGCGCAGACUUGCGCACGUGGCGUCAGUUCAAGUGCGCGCGACGGCACGCUGAUACGUUUGCACAUCCCAAAUAAGAUUAGGCGCUGAGAUUAAAGUGGGACUGAGGAGGCGAUCAGGACUCAGGUGAAAGUCAACCUCGUGCACUCGGGGUCGGUGGAGCAAAAAAAACAACAACCCAAACGUCAUGUUGGCGGCGCUGCGGGCGGGACUGCGCGCGCACUGGCGGCUGCUUCGCUUUCGGCUCGCGCUCACCUCGGGGAUGAACAAAUUGACCUUUCCUAAGAUCGAUGAGAACAAAGAUAACAAGAGUGUUUCUGGAGAAAAGGGUCGUGCAGCUAUAGCAUUCACUCUGAAGAAUGAAGUCGGGGGGCUCGUCAAAGCCCUGAAACUGUUCCAGGAAAACCACGUAAACCUUGUGCACAUCGAAUCCCGAAAGUCCAAGAGGCGCAACUCAGAGUUCGAGAUCUUGGUGGACUGCGACAGCAAUCACGAGCAGCUCAGUGAGAUCAUCCAGCUACUGCGCAAACACGUCAACGUGCUCGAGCUGGACGUGCCAGACAACCGACUACCGGAGGAGAGUGAAAUGGAAAAUGUCCCCUGGUUUCCAAGGAAGAUCUCUGACCUGGAUAACUGUGCAAACCGCGUGCUGAUGUACGGCUCGGAUCUGGACGCAGAUCACCCGGGAUUCAAGGACAAUGUCUACCGCAAGAGGAGAAAAUAUUUUGCAGACCUGGCUAUGAGCUACAAGCAUGGAAACCCCAUUCCCCGGAUUGAGUUUACAGAAGAGGAGGUGAAGACAUGGGGGGUCGUAUUUCGAGAGCUCAACAAGCUCUACCCGACUCACGCGUGCCGCGAGUAUCUGAAAAACUUACCUCUGCUGACCAAGUACUGUGAUUAUCUGGAAGACAACAUCCCACAGCUGGAGGACAUUUCUCGCUUCCUUAAAGAGCGUACAGGAUUCACUAUAAGACCUGUGGCAGGAUAUCUCUCCCCAAGGGACUUCCUGGCGGGACUGGCUUUCCGCGUGUUCCACUGCACGCAGUACGUCCGGCAUAGAUCUGACCCUCUCUACACACCUGAACCGGAUACGUGCCAUGAAUUGCUGGGUCAUGUGCCUCUUUUGGCUGAGCCCAGCUUCGCACAGUUCAGUCAGGAGAUUGGACUAGCUUCACUUGGAGUAUCCGACGAGGAAGUUCAAAAACUAGCCACAUGUUAUUUUUUCACGGUGGAGUUUGGACUCUGUAAGCAGGAAGGGAAGCUAAGAGCGUACGGUGCAGGCCUGCUGUCCUCCAUCAGCGAGCUGAAGCAUGCUCUGUCAGGGAACGCCUGCAUCAUGCCCUUCGACCCCAAAGUCACAUGCAAACAGGAGUGCAUUAUAACAACUUUCCAAGAUGUCUAUUUUAUGUCAGAGAGCUUUGAGGAAGCCAAAGAAAAGAUGAGGGAGUUUGCGAAGACAAUCAAGCGUCCAUUUACAGUGCGUUACAACCCGUACACACAGAGCGUAGACGUGCUGAAGGACACAACUAGCAUCAACUGUGUGGUGGAGGAGCUGAGACACGAGCUGGAUAUUGUAGGAGACGCUCUGAACAGACUCAAUAAACAGUCAGGCAUCUGAAUAACUGUUCCUAUAGAAAUAUAUAUUAUCUGUAAAUGUUUCCAUCAAAUCAACAAAAUGAUUCAGCGAUGAUUUAUUAGAUCAUUUUUAGGGCAAUCACAGGAAAUUUUUCGAGUUGUUGUUAAAUAUGUAUGUAAAAAAAAAUAUAUACUACUCAAAUGACACACCUUGCUGUUAAUUGGACUUUCGAUAUUAUUAUGUGUAAUCUGAGGGUUUAUGCAAGGAUAUUGAAGAAAUUGUGUCUUUUUCAUUGCACAUGGCAGUGAUUUUUCUCUUGGAUUAUGGUAACUGUGGUGGCUUUGGUCAGAGCAGUGUCUUUGUGAUUUCAGCUUUUGUGAAAAUAAGCUAUUCAACUCACCGUAUUGAAAAGCACCUCUGUGUAUUGAUUUUCUCAUCAAUUCUUUUCAGGGUUUACUAUAUUUCUGGUACCUUGAUAUCGUUUUUUUUUUUUUGCACAUGUCACAUGUCACGUGUUUUGUUUUUGCGAACCUAACUGAAUUUUCUGAUUAUAUACUACAUUAUCAUGUCUAUAGACCUUUUAUCUUGCAAUCAGGGAUCCUGGGCAUUUAGAAUGAAAAUGAUUUGUGCAAAUAUGUCAAUGGUCAUUUUGUACAAGAGACUGUAAAGAAUGCUUAUAGCUUCCAAAUAACUUGUGUAAAACAGCCCUCGUGGAAUCCAGUACAGGUUUAACUGCUAGAUGAAUGUGAUAUGUUUGGUUGUGGAAGAGGUUAUUAAAAAUAAAAUUCCUUAUUUUUGUAACAAUG